CGGGCGCCUGUUGACCUUUUGUUUGUGCAAAUUAUGAACAUUUUUGCAUAAUCUUUUGGCACCAAACCAUCGCGCUAAGUUCCGGCGAGAGCAAAAAGAUAAAAUUAAAUGAGAUCAUGAUAACGUGAGAUGCUAUUUAUAAGCUCAAACAAAAAAAAGCUAAGAUUCCGAGACCCCUAAUAAAGCAGAAAAAUAAUAAAUGAAACGAAUUGAAAGUGAAACUAAUCAUUGUGCUCAUAAUAAUAUCUAUAACAAACUAUAAUUGGCUAUAACAGAGUUGGAGAAAUGCGUUGCAACAUAAUCAUGAACAAUGUUCCAAGCAAUCAUUUUUUUAAAAACCCAUUGAUCAUUUAAAAAUUAAGUGCUAGACUUUUGGUGAACUGGUCGCUUGGAAUUACACUUAGACUUGCACUUGGACUUGGACAAUGAAGCCGCAUCCAGUGCGGCCCGUUUUGUUGUUGUUAUUGGUGCGGCUGCUGGUUUUGUUGUGAUUUGAUUUGGUGCCACUUGCCCGUCGACCUGGUUGCAAUAGGAAGUUGGAGCUGCAGCUGGCGGGGCAGCGUUACAGUAUUCGUAAAAUCGGUCAAUGGAAACGGGCUUGUAAGCAGGUGCAAUCGCUUGGAGAGCCCACUAACUCAGAUCCGGAGGCCAGGAGAGAUUGGAGCCGCAGGCAUGUCGCUUAAAAAAGAGACGCCCUCGGAUGUGCAACUGCACAUGGCAGCAAUGAGGGGUGAUGAGGUGGCUCUUCUUCGAGUUCUGGACAGUGGAAAAGUCCAUGUGGAUUGCAAGGAUGAGGAUGGGACAACUCCACUUAUCUUGGCUGCUGCCGGAGGUCACACCUACUGCGUGAUGGAGCUGCUCGAUCAAGGGGCCGAUCCCAAUUCGCGUCGUCUCACGGGCACCACGCCUCUUUUCUUUGCCGCCCAGGGCGGUCACCUGGACGUGGUGAAGAUCCUGAUAAAGGCGGGCGCCAAUGUGGACACGCCCUCCGCGGAUGGCGGCACGCCCCUUUUUGUGGCCGCCCAGGGCGGUCAUGUGAAGAUAGUGCGGGAGUUGUUGGACUGCGGGGCGAAUGUCAAUGCUCAUAUGAAGGAUCGUGCCACUCCAGUGUUUAUCUCCGCCCAGAAUGGUCAUCGCACAGUUUUGUCGCUGCUCAUCCAGGCGGAUGCGGAAAUCGAUAUCAAGCGGAUAGACGGUGCCACGCCCCUUUGGAUAGCCGCCCAGAUGGGUCAGGACCACAUCUGUAAGGUUCUGCUGCAGAAUGGCGCCAAUGUGGAUACGGUGCGCUGCGAUGGCGCCACACCCCUCUUUAAGGCGGCCCACAAAGGUCACGCGGCCGUCAUCACCGUUUUGCUUAAAUACCGACCCAAUCUUGGCCAGCUGCCCAAUGGCGAGUCAGCGCUCCAUGCCGCCGCAAUGUUUGGUCACAUGACCGUCUGCAAACAACUGGUGGCAGCUGGCAGCGAUGUUCUGCUCAAAAACCAGGAUGGUUUGACGGCCCUGCAGCUGGCACACCAGCAGAAGUACACCUCCAUCUGUGAUUAUCUCCAGGAGCGGAUCAGGACGAUGGUGGCGCGCAGCGCCAAGGCAAUGGUCUCGUCCGCGGUGUCCACGUCCACGGUCAAAACGAUGUCGGCGUAAGGGGAUAUGGUCAUGGGCUUUUGAGAGACCACGCCUCCAAAGUACCUUUAUGAACUUGGCCUUUUUGCUUAUAUCCAGAAAAAAGUGGGGCAAGGGGAGAGAGUGUUUCAAUACCCAAUACCCCAAUUUGUGUAGCCCAGUGUAACACUCAACCGUGCACAAAACAAAUAACCACUAGUAAAAACACGUCCAAGCUAAACUUAAUGGCCUCCCCCAAAAGGAAACCAAACUAUUUAUUAGAUAAGCCGUAUCAUUCAUAUUAAAAACCACUUGGAGCUUGUAUUUUGAAUUUAACGUAAAAACCAUAACAAUAAUGCUAACUAUAACAAUUUACUAUAAAAAAUGUUAACAUGGACCCGAACAGAGAGUGUUAUCGCGAAUGUCCGCUGUACAUAACCCAUAUAAAUAAACUUAUAUUUAAAUUAUACCUAAAACUACGUAUAGACCUACUGUACCCUAAGCAAUUGUUGACAAGUGCUUUAAGUUUAAACGCCUUUUUGUCCUUAAAUUAGCAAUUAGUUAAACUCGAUGGGUUUCCGCUUAUUUUCCCUGUAAAGUAGUUACGAUAAUUAAUUAAUUUCUUACUUUAUUACAUUUUAAGUAUAGUCCACAUUUUUGCAAGUUUAAUAAAUUGACACACACUAUUA